GUUUUUCUUACGAUGGAAAGGCUGGUUGUCUCCGUCCUGGUUAUCAGCACAGCCGUGAAGGCCAUGAUGUGUCCCAAAAGAUGCAUGUGCCAAAACCUCUCGCCGUCCUUCACCAUCCUCUGCACCAAGACGGGGCUUCUCUUCGUGCCCCCCAGCAUCGACCGGAGGACGGCGGAGCUGAGGCUGAUGGACAACUUCAUCACCACGCUUCGGCGGAAAGACUUCGCCAACAUGACCAACCUGAUCCACUUGACGCUCUCGAGGAACACCAUCAGUCAGAUCAUGCCUUACGCGUUUUUCGAUCUCAAAGGCCUCCACGCCUUGCACUUGGACAGCAACAGACUGACGUACAUCAACGAAGACCACUUCAAAGGUUUGGUCAACCUGCGGCAUUUAAUCCUCAGCAACAACCAGCUGAGCUACAUCUCUCCCGGCUCGCUGGACGACUUCAUCGAAACCAUCGAAGACCUCGACCUUUCCUACAACAACCUCGUCAACGUGCCCUGGGAGACCAUCGCCAAGCUCUCGAACGUCAACACGGUCAGUUUGGAUCAUAACCUCAUCGAGUUUGUGCCCGAGGGGAUCUUCUCCAACCUCCACAAACUCGCCCGGCUCGACAUGACCUCCAACAAGCUGAAAAAGAUCCCUCCCGACCCUUUGUUUUCCAGAAUCCCCGUGUACGCCAAGUCCAAAGGGUCGCCGCUGUCGUCGCUGGUGCUCAGCUUCGGCGGGAACCCUUUGCACUGCAACUGCGAGCUCGUCUGGUUGAGGCGUCUCACCAGGGAGGACGACCUGGAAACCUGCGCCUCGCCGCCGGAGCUGAUGGGCAAAUACUUCUGGACCGAAGGCCAAAGCGUCUCCCUGAAGUGCAAAGCGGUCGGCGAUCCCGAUCCCUACGUCCGCUGGAUCGCGCCCGACGGCAAGCUGGUCUCCAACACGUCCAGGACGGUUUCGUACGAGAACGGCACGCUGGAUAUUUUGGUGACGUCUUUGGCCGACAAGGGCAAGUUCACCUGCAUCGCGUCCAACGCCGCGGGCGAGUCGACGUCUCCCGUCGAGCUCCUCGUCACCCCGUACCCCAACCUGGCCAACAGCACCAACUGCGACAAAGACGGGGAGCCCGGCCCUUCCGAUAUUCUCAUCUCGGCCAAGUCGAGCUUCCCGAACGAGACGAAGGCUCAGCAGGAGAAGGCCGUGGUGGUGGCCGAGCUGACGUCGUCCUCCGCUCUCAUCCAGUGGCCUUCGCAGCAGCACCUCCCCGGCAUCCGAAUGUACCAGAUUCAGUACAACAGCUCCGCCGACGACAUCCUGGUGCACAGGAUGAUCCCAGCUGGUAGUAAAUCCUUCUUCUUGACUGAUCUGGUUGCAGGACGCGAGUACGACCUCUGCGUUCUCGCC